UCCGCCCCUCCAGGUGCGGGAAGUCUGAAGCCGGCAAACAUGGCCGCCACCUACUGCCUCGGUCGCGCUGCGACUGCCCUGGCAGCGUUGUGGCUCUUGUCCUUCGGCAGCUUGGCAGUUAGUCAAGUCGAGAAUCAAGCAGAACAAUUCUUUAGAAGUGGCCAUACCAACAACUGGGCUGUUUUGGUGUGUACAUCCCGGUUCUGGUUUAAUUAUCGACAUGUUGCAAAUACUCUUUCCGUUUAUAGAAGUGUCAAACGACUAGGUAUUCCUGACAGUCACAUUGUCCUGAUGCUUGCAGAUGACAUGGCGUGCAAUCCUAGAAACCCCAAACCAGCAACAGUGUUUAGUCACAAGAACAUGGAACUAAAUGUGUAUGGCGAUGACGUGGAAGUGGAUUACAGAAGCUAUGAGGUAACUGUGGAGAAUUUUUUACGGGUGUUAACCGGCAGGAUCCCACCAAGUACUCCUAGGUCAAAACGUCUUCUUUCUGAUGAUAGAAGCAAUAUUCUUAUUUAUAUGACAGGUCAUGGUGGAAAUGGUUUCUUGAAAUUUCAAGAUUCUGAAGAAAUUACCAACAUAGAACUUGCAGAUGCUUUUGAACAAAUGUGGCAGAAAAGACGGUACAAUGAGCUACUGUUUAUUAUUGACACUUGUCAAGGCGCAUCCAUGUAUGAACGAUUUUAUUCUCCCAACAUAAUGGCUCUAGCGAGUAGCCAAGUGGGAGAAGAUUCACUCUCGCAUCAACCUGAUCCUGCAAUUGGAGUCCAUCUCAUGGAUAGAUACACAUUUUAUGUCUUGGAAUUUCUGGAAGAAAUUAAUCCAGCUAGUCAAACUAAUAUGAAUGACCUUUUUCAGGUAUGUCCUAAAAGUUUGUGUGUGUCUACUCCUGGACAUCGCACUGAUCUUUUUCAGAGAGAUCCUAAAAAUGUCCUGAUAACUGAUUUCUUUGGAAGUGUACGGAAAGUGGAAAUUACAACAGAGACUAUGAGUUUACAGCAGUAUUCAGAAAUCAUGGAAAGCGACUAUGAGAAUGAUGGGAAGGAUGAGGACCUAAUGGAACCUCUGAAAUACGCCGAGCAACUUCCUGUAGCUCAGAUCAUACACCAGAAACCGAAGCUGAAAGAUUGGCAUCCUCCUGGGGGCUUUAUUCUGGGAUUGUGGGCGCUCAUUCUCAUGGUUUUCUUCAAAACUUACGGAAUCAAGCAUAUGAAGUUCAUUUUUUAGACUCGAGAAGGUAUGAAGAAGAAUGCUUGGAAGACUUCAACCUUGAACUCAAAUUUAAGUCAUUAUGUGUUUUAAACAUCCAUUGUUCUCUGUGAAUUGGAAGAAAGUAUGAGACUAUAUUUGAGCAAACUAUUGCUUUUAUAACUUGAAGAAACAUAAAUAUUAAUGUAAUUAUUUAAUGGCACUAAAUAUAUUUCAGGUUUUCAUUUUGUGUGUUAUAAAAACAAAUGGUACAAGGAGAUCAGGAUAUACUGAUUGAUUCUUUUUUGAAAUCCCAAUUUCUCCUUAUCUCCUUUACGUUUGGAAGAGAAAAAAUUCAGAAGACAUUAGAAUCUCACUAACAGAGGUAACUUCUGUUAAUAUUUUUCUAUAUAUCCUCCCAAUCUUUUUACCUGUGCACAUAUUUUUCUCCAAACGGGGAUCAUACAGAAUGUACCAUUUGGUGACCUCUCGCUUCAUUAUGUAAUGUAUUUUUAGCCUUUUCUCUUUCUUUGUAUAUUCUUCAAGAGUACAUUGUCACAAACUACAUCUGUUGUAUGAAUGGAUAAUGAUUCAUUUGACAGUCUUGUUUUCCUGGACCACUUACCUUGUUCCCAGAGUUUUCCUGUGGUUUAUUCAUUAAUGUAGUAAUUCUUUACUGUUGGUCACUCAUGGAAUCCUGCAGCUUUAAUUAUAAGCACAGAUGAGAAAUUGAAGUCCUGUCUGUGGUGCUGACAGUCUUCAGGACCUUAUUUGCUACCAUUUAUCUGGAAAUGUUAGAUCCUUUGGAAUUUCACAUGUUAACUACUCAAGAGAAAUAAACCCAUCAUUUUUCAUUCCUCAGCAUUCUGUGAUCCUUUAGAAUCAGUUACCUCCUUUUCAGUUUCUACCUGAAAUUGGAAGGGACAGCUAGCAAGGACUUUAUUUCAUUGUGCUUGGGUUAAACCUUGCCCCCUGGCUGAAUCUACAUUUCCCCAAGGAGAAUCCCAUGAAGUUGAUGACCUGCUGAGAAAACUGAUGCUUCUGGCCCUAUCCUCAUGUCUGAGUGAUAAAUCCCGUGAGGCAGAAGCCCCUUUUGUGGUCUCUGACAAGACACAAGACCUCAUAUUCCCAUCGCUGAAUUUUUAUCUUGGAAAUAGUGUUGAGAUUGUGUUUUGUGAUCAACUUCAAAUAUUAUUUUUCUUUUCCAACUUUUGCAUAUGGCAGAGGGUGGAGGGAGCCUGAAAGUUCAGUAUUUAUGUUCUGGGGGAUACCGUUAUGUGUUUUAUCCCAAGAAUUUAUGUGUUCAUCAUUACUCAUUGUAAAACUCUUCCUCUACAAUAAAACCUCCUAAAAUUAAUAUUCCUUAUUAGGAUUUUUCUUUUCUGCACUUAAAAAUAUUACCCUUUUAAAACUUAUUUUCAUAGGCAAAGGA